UAUUAAUUAAAACCCAUAUUCCCCAAAUCCAUUCACGAUGCUCGGCUUCCAGAUACUUCGCCGCCCAAAUCGAUCAGAUAACCCAAGUCUCCAUCUUCUUCCUUCACCACCACAACUGCCACUACCGCCCACCGUUGCUUCUCCUCGCCGGUAAGCCUUCCCCAUCGCUGCAACAGGUUAAUCCUCCUCCUCCUUCUUCUUUCUCGUCUUAUUUCUCUUCUUCUUCUCCUCCUCUUCAUUUUCCUUUGUUCUCUCUGUUUUCAUCUUCUUUUGAUUAUUUAUUUCAAUCAAUGAUUUUGUUUCAUUUUUUCAUAUUCUAAAUUGAAUAUUUAUGAUUUACGUUUUAGAUCUGCAAAAUUGAGAUCUGCAAAAUGAUUUUGAAUAUUUAUUUCAAUUAAAAUUGAAUAUUUUUCAUAUCAAUGAUUCUGAAUAAUAUUUAUUUCAAUCAUUCAAAUAUUUUCAAUGAUUAUGUUUUCAUAUUUUAGAUCUGCAAAAUUGAGAACGAAAAUUCAAGGAUUCAAUGUUUUAGAUUCUUACUUUAUUUAUGAAUAAUGUCAUUUGUAUACAUGGCACUACCUUUUAUCAAGAUGACACUAGCUGUUUUGAAAAACAAGAUGCCAUGUUCUUGAAAUGUGAAAAGAAAUUUGCCUUUUUUACCAUCCCUUUUAUCCCUUUCCAAAACCCUCUCCCCCUCCCCCACUUUUCUUCUCCUUCCCUCCCUCUCUCCUCCAUCUUUUCUUUUCACGCAGCCCCCCCAUCCCCUCCCCUUUCUCUUUUCUCCAAAUUUUGAUUUCUUCUCCAUUUCAAGAUCUCUCCCCAUCAAAUCUUCUCAUUUUUACAAUCUUUUCUUCCUCCAAGCUUCUUCUCCUGCUUCUCUCCUCUUCUGCCUUUUUUUUCGUUUCAAAUGAAAGAUCUACAGUAUUCGGACGAAGGGGAGAGCUCGGUGACGUGGGGAGACAAUGACGAAAGUGCAGAUCAAGAAGCUUCGAAUGACUUGAGCAGAUCUACUUUUCUUGAUUUUUUCAUUUUUUGGUGUGUUUUCGAAAAAAAGGGUUGCCUUCACUGACAGACAACUUGUAAGUGCAGUGUCUGUAUUUGUUAGUCUAGGAGAAGAGUAUGUUGUUUUUCGUCAUUUGUUUGUAUUUUGUUUGGCGGACAGACAAUUUGGAACUGCAGUGUUUGUCUAGUAUAAAGUGAACGUGUUUUCAUAGUUGCUUGAAGUGAACGUGGUUUUAUAGUUGUUAAAGUCGUACAUAAAAUGUGUGUGUGGUCAGACAACUUUAAAUGUAUGUGAUUUUGUUUGGAAACAUGGUUGUAUUGGUAAUGUAGUUUUUAUAUAAAUGUGUG